AGAUGGCAUUUCUAGUGCUGCACGUGUUGAUUGGGAUAUUUAUUUACUUUAGCAGUGUAAAAGGAUCUUCCCAGCCUCAAGCAAGGGUCUUUUUAACAUUCAAUGAGCUGCAAGAAACUAAGACCUCCGAAUAUCACAGACUAUCCCACAGUCCCCUGGAUUACAGGAUAUUGUUAAUGGAUGAAGAUCAGGAUCGUAUCUACGUGGGCAGCAAAGAUCAUAUUCUGUCUUUGAAUAUUAAUAAUAUAAGCCAGGACCCUCUCAGUAUUUUCUGGCCAGCAUCAGCAAACAAGGUUGAAGAGUGCAAAAUGGCUGGCAAGGAUCCUACGCAUGGCUGUGGAAAUUUUGUGCGUGUGAUUCAGUCGUACAACCGCACACACCUGUACGUCUGCGGCAGCGGCGCCUUCAGCCCCGUGUGUGUGUAUGUCAACAGAGGACGCAGGUCCGAGGAACAAAUCUUCAAGAUCGACUCCAAGUGUGAAUCAGGAAAGGGACGCUGUUCUUUCAACCCUAAUGUGAACACGGUGUCUGUUAUGAUCAAUGAAGAGCUUUUUUCAGGAAUGUAUAUUGAUUUCAUGGGGACAGAUGCGGCCAUUUUUCGGAGUCUGACCAGAAGGAACGCGGUGCGAACUGACCAGCACAACUCCAAGUGGCUGAGUGAGCCUAUUUUUGUGGAUGCUCAUGUUAUCCCAGAUGGCACUGACCCCAAUGAUGCCAAAAUCUACUUCUUCUUCAAAGAGAGGCUCACAGACAACAGUGGCAGCACGAAGCAAAUUCAUUCAAUGAUUGCAAGAAUAUGCCCAAAUGACACAGGUGGUCAGCGUAGUCUCGUGAACAAGUGGACAACAUUCUUGAAAGCAAGACUUGUGUGCUCAGUAAUGGAUGAAGAUGGAACAGAAACAUACUUUGAUGAAUUAGAGGAUGUGUUUCUUUUGGAGACGGAUAACCCCAGAACAACGCUUGUGUAUGGCAUUUUUACAACAUCAAG